GCUAUUUGACCCAGGCGAGACGCCGUUGGGUCGUCCGGGAGGCGGGGCCAGGGGCGGGAAGUGGGGCGGGGACGGCGCUGCGGAGCUGGGGCUGCGGCUGUCAUGGACUCCUGGGUCCGCUUCAGUGCACAGAGCCAGGCCCGCGAGCGGCUGUGCAGGGCCGCCCAGUACGCCUGCUCGCUGCUCGGCCACACGCUGCAGAGACACGGGGCCAGCCCCGAGGUGCAGAAGCAGGUCUGCCAGCUCGAGGGCCACCUGAGCCUGGGGAGGAAGCUCCUCCGCCUAGGUAACUCAGCAGAUGCCCUGGAGUCAGCAAAGCGGGCGGUACAUCUCUCGGAUGUUGUCCUGAGGUUCUGCAUCACAGUCAGUCACCUCAACCGAGCCCUGUACUUUGCCUGUGACAAUGUCCUGUGGGCUGGAAAGUCUGGACUCGCUCCUCGUGUGGACCAGGAAAAGUGGGCGCAGCGCUCGUUCAGGUACUAUCUCUUCUCCCUCAUCAUGAAUUUGAGCCGGGAUGCGUAUGAAAUCCGCCUGUUGAUGGAACAAGAGUCUUCAGCUUGUAAUCGGCGACAGAAGCUUUCCGGAGGCGGCACCCCGGCAGGGAUUGAAACCGGGGGACCUGAGGGUGCAGGAACUCCAGGAGGAAGCCUGCCCCAGCUUGCUCUGAAGCUUCAGUUCCAAAUCCUGCUUCUGGCUCGGGUCCUCCGAGGUCACCCCCCACUUCUGCUGGACGUCAUCAGAAAUGCCUGUGAUCUCUUCAUUCCCCUGGACAAACUGGGCCUCUGGCGCUGUGGCCCUGGGAUUGUGGGGCUCUGCGGCCUAGUGUCCUCUAUCCUCUCUCUUCUUACCCUGAUCUACCCUUGGCUACGACUCAAGCCCUAAGAUUCUCAUACCAGAGAAGGAGGGAAUCUGAACUGGUGAGAUGGACUCGUCGGUCAUCCAUCCCCAGUUUACCAGCCUCUUCCCUCUACUUCUUGGUAAAAUUAAAGUUAAAAUUCAGAAAUUCAGGAGCCAAGGGAGGCACUUUGGGGAGGAGGUGAAGAAAGGUAUCUUAGGGUGAUCCCAGAUCUGUCAGCCUUUCUUCUUUUCCUCCCUCAUCAUAUUGUCUGUAUCUCUUGGCUUUUUUCACUUUGUCUCUUAAGUCUGUCUAAGAGUCUGUCUUUGCAUCCCUUCCCUGCUCCCCCCGCCCCACUCCUCACUGUCCUAGGAAUUUGUCUAAUCCUCAGAAUUACUUUUUGCCAGGCGAGGUGGAAGGCCCUAACAGCUUUCUUUGUUCUCAGCAAAGGUGGCUCUGGCAGAUUUUUUAUCUCCUUCAAACUCCAGAUCCUAAGACUUUGUGUCCUAGUCCACUCUGUUUUGAUGUCAGAGAUGGUUUGACACCUCUCUGGCUACUAGCCAGCUUCCCUGGUCACCAGGCUUAUCCUCUACUCUGUACAGCUAUAGGCUUCUUGUUCCCUAGUCUGUUUUCACCCCUCUUCACCUCCCCAGAAUGAUGCUGUGUCUAGCAUCUUGCUGUAAAUAUUGUACAGUGAUUCUGUGUAAGUAACUGUGGCCCGUGUUUACGCUGGAGAGAAGUCUCCCAGGUCAUUGGAUUAAAGAUUCAUUGGCUCAUUGC